AUGGAAAGGCACGUGAAACAUGGAGAGGAAAAGACACUAAUGGCAAGUAUGUAGUAUGAAGGCAAUGACAAUGGACAGUGUUAAUGCAAUUUGGGAAAGGGAAGUGUCAUAGGGAAUGGCAUUAAUGGGAGAAAGGGGAAUUGACAAAUGAACAAAUGAAGAGAUGACACAAAAAAUAGGCAUCCGUACAUUUACUUCAAAAAACUACACACAUACUGACAGCUUACAUAUACAUAGUUACAUAGCUGAAAAGAGAGCUUUCCUCACAUGUUUUUUGCUGUUGAUCCAAAAGAAGGCAAAAAAAACCCCAGUUUGAAGCACUUUCCAUUUUGCAACAAACUAGGAAAAAAUUCCUUCUUGACCCCAGAAUGGCAGUCAGAUUUAUCCUUGGAUCAAGCAGCUAUUACCCUACACUGAAAAAUUAUAUCCUUGAAUAUUCUGUUUUUGCAAGUAUACACUUCUGCAUUCACACACAAACUAACAAACAACCCUAGAUUAUUGAUAUAGUGUGUGAAUUGUAUUGCUGUAGAAUAGAUUGCUUGCAAUGAUAGACAUCAGAAGAGUAGGAGCCAUGGUUUGGGAGCUAAGUUAUGUCUAGAAGAAAGGUUAACACAGCUUCAGAAUAACUGUGUCACUGAAAAGCCACAUGGAUAAAAUUCGGUCUGUGCGGACCAAUAUUUUUUGAUAUGCACAAGUCUAGCAUGUGUUUGGUAAAUUUCUACGACUCGGCCAGACAAAUCCUAAAAAAAUAUUUUAGAGAUAUAUGCAUUACUAUUCUUCAAAAGUAUUUAGAGAGGAUCAGUGAUCUGCCCAUAUUAGCAUUAUCUCUACAUUUUUGUGUGUUGAAACAAAUAAAAAAUGACUGGCAUUCUCUUGGAAAAUCCAAAACAACUAUUUUAAAUGCUUUGCUUAGUUUUCUUGCUCUAAUUCCUAGGGUACAGCAAAAGAAAUAUCAAAAAUAUAUUCAUUAUUUAAAUGUAUAUUAUAUUUAUGGUGCUUUUAAUUAGAAUUUAAAUUGCAUAAGCGUAGCACAACUUUCCAUGUAUCCAAUUUUGAUUGAUCAAACCAACUCACUUACAAAGAACAUGCAUCCUCCUGGGUCUCUCUGUGGUGCAAAGGAGCAUAGGAUGAUUAACCAUAAGGAGACACAGUUAGGAUUGCCACCUAAUGGGUAUUUUACCAGCACAGCUGGUAUUUGAGGCUGUCUGUCUGGUGCCAAAAGUCCAAAAAUACCACCAAUGCAAAGGCUGGUAUUUUUCUCUGAUGACACCCAUACAGAUACAGUGGACGUACAAUGACACACACACACACUCACAGCAUGCACACACUGAUACACUCAGACACAGCAUACAUGCCCUGAAACACCCUUAGACAAAGUAUAUACACAAUGACACACACAGUCAGACAACAGUAUGCAAACACUGGUAUACACACACUUAGUCAAUAAGAACUGCUACACACACUACUAUACAGAUAGGGCUGAUCCUAGGGUCACAGAUGCCUGGGUGCAGAAUUUUUCUCUAAGACUCUCAGGUAGGUGUGGUCAACUUACUAACUCCUCAUUGCAAAUGUCCAGUCCAGACAUGCAUGUUUCUAUAAGAGUAAAAAGUAAAAACUCAUGUAACGACAAGGAGUGGGGAUAUAUAUAGAAAAAAAGUUCUUAUUGUUCUUAUAGGGUGUAGGUCAAAGUUCAAGUAUAUAUAAAGCAGCAAUAAAGUGAUUUCAAAAAAAUGUAGAUAAAAGUCAAUGUAGUCCUAUCCACAAUGUAUUAAAAUGUAUCAGCUGGAUGUAUCACUUGAUAUAAGGACUCCUGAAUCCUGAUAUAGUACAUACAGCAUACCUAUAUUAAUUGCUGAAGUAAUAUAGUUUCAAACUAUAAUUCCAAGUGUAAAAAUAAGUUGAUGCAUGUGUAGCAAGUCAAUAUGGGAUGCUUUGAAUGGAAAAUGUCAUCAGUAUCCAAUAGACCUAGAAUGACAAAAACAGGGCCAUAGUGCUCUCUGUUUAACUUUAUUGUAGAUAAAAUAUAUAUACAAAUUUACUCACAGAAGGUACAGGACUGUGUAGUGUGUGGGUCGGAGGUCAACUCCUAUCAGCCACAGUCACACAUAUACACAUUUUUGCACACACGCACACAAAUUAAUAUUAUUUCUUGUUUUAUUUGUAUUUUUGUAGGCCUACCUAGCCUCCCUACCUUUAGAAAGGUCCAGUGGGGACCCUGUAAUCUUACAGUUUCUCAUUGCUUCCUCAUGCAGUUGAGUGAUGCCAGGGCCAGAGAGACAUCAUAUUCCAACUUCUGGUAUCACCAUAGAGGGUGCACAAAGGAGAAGUGAGGAACUGGAAAUCCCCUUAAUUUGUUCCCUAAGAUGUUAUGUAACAUCAACUGUAGAGACCAAGGACGCUGUCUAGGGCCAGGGGGUUAGACAUGGGUCCCAGAACCAUGAAUUUGCCUGGCCCAAUUAACCAUCCCUAUGUGAAGAAUGAAGGGGGAAAAGUGGAGGGGGGGGCAAGCUGGUAUCCUAGUGCCCUAUGGGACCUUAAUGCCCUAUGGGACCUUCAGCUAAUUGAAGUGGCCUGGGUGCUGUGACCCUUUUGCACUUAGUGCUGCAAUGUAAAACAUUGCAGUUCCAGAGAACUGCAAUGUUCACAUUGCAGCUCUAAGUCAGUCUUCAGUGGCUGUCUACAAAACAGCCACUGGGGGCGCUUCCGGAAUCUAAAUGCACUUUUGGUCCAUUAUCUGACGCUUCACGUACUCACAGACCUCCAGCGUCAGAUUUUUCCCGUAGAAAAGCACUGAAUAAUGCUUUCCUAUGGGGAGGUCUAAGAUGCGCGAGCGGCAAUUGCCACGCAUGUGCAUUAGGCUUCCUCCCCCGGCUGACGUCGGCGGGGGAGGAGCGUGCGUGAAGCCUGACCCAGCGCCGAGGGACAUUGUGCUGGGUUCAGGUAAGUAGCUGAAGGGGUUUUAGACCCUUCAGCGACAUGAGAUGAGGGGCAGGAGGGAGGGAGCACUCCAGGAUUCUCUAGUGCCAGGAAAACGGGUUUGUUUUCCUGGCACUGGAGAAUCCCUUUAAGUUGUCUCUGCAAAAGAGGAGUGUAAAACAGGACGUUUGGUCAAUUAUCAUACAUUUUGUAUAAAUCUCACCUCAACAGGGGAUAAUGGAAAUGCAAUCGGUUGAAACAAACAUCCCUUAUCUAUAAGAUGGCUGCCUGGUGCAGCUUGCUUGUGUAAAUAAAUAGCUUUGUAAAGGUUAAAGGUAAGACAGAAUGCAUUUAGGUAUAGGAGCAAUAAGGAGCUUGUCAAACCCGUUUUUUUUGUGGUUAUUAAACUGGAGUCGUCCAUACAGAUCUCUCUGUUAUGAUUUAUUGUUUUUUAAAGACCUGUGGUUUAGCCAGUCAAGUUUUCAUUCCUUCUUUAUCUCUGCUGCUUUCUACUAAAGGCCAGCGAGGUUGCCAAACUGGUUUGGAGGUAUUUCAUAAACACAGACUGAGAAAUUACAUAUCGCUCACUCCAUUUUAUCCUCCAACGUCUCUGAAUCUCCAUCUCUCCAACUAGCCUACAAAAACCCCAUGGAUCGGGGAGACUGCUGGGAAUUCUGAUGCACUUUUUCAUGUAUGUAUAGGUGUGUGUAUCUAUAUAUAAAACGGCUGAUAUGUGUGAUUUACAGAUUAUAUUACAGUAAAACGAAAGACUAGUUAAGACAAGUACUCAUAUAGAUACCAUAAUAUAGAAACGUAUAUUAGAAUAAGAGUGCAUCUCACACAGUUUAUAAUCUGAGUGUCAUUUAAUAAAGUAGAUUUAUCUAAAUAUCUGCUAGCAAUAAAUGGGAAUUAUCACUGUAGUUUGUUAUAUAUCUGUUAACACUAUAAUGCUGAACAUUUAGUUUUCUACUUUUUUUUGUGGAAUCCCAAAUUGUGUUGUAUACCUGCUGAAAGAGUUAAAGUAGCUACAAAAUAUCUAAUAUUUAAACAAAGAGUGAUGCAGAGGUAUAGUUAAUAUAGCAGUGAGCUUUAUAUAGCACAAAUUUGUUGUAACAUGUUUUAUAAUUGAAGAUUAUGCUAGCUUCAAUGUACAGAUAAUCUUAAUUUUAAUAAUGACAGGAGGCGAGUAUUUUGCAUAAUCUUUCUUUACUAACUCCAUAGCAGCAAAGAAAAGAGUGACAUAACUGAGAACCAAUCACAAUGCAGUGUAGAGUAUAAGAGGUGUAACGUAUGACAUCAUUUCCUCUUAAAGCAUGCAACAUCACAAGAUCACAAUGCAGAACUAAACAAUCCCACCCAUAUGGUAUAUCUGUAUUAAGUGUGAGAAAACCAAUUUAGGCAUUAGCACAAUAAUAACAUGUGAAUAGAGAUAGAAAUAUACAUGAAGACAGGGGGGGGGGGGAAGAGCGAAAGAGAGCAGGGAGGGAAAAUACUCGCUCCUGUCAUUAUUAAAAUUAAGAUUAUCUGUACACUGAAGCUAGCAUAAUCUUCAAUUUUAUCACAUGACAGGAGGCUUCGUAUUUUGCAAUUUCAACGCUGAGAAAGUAGAGCAAAAGCUGGAUUAGAUGGAGGACGGAAGUAGAACGUCCUAAAGGUGGAUUCUCUAGUCCAGUCCGCCACUCGUAAAAUAUCUGGAAGGGAGGCCCCUGCCGCGUAGGCGGAAGAGGCCGCAGCCCCUUGAACUGAGUGUGCUCCAAAAGCCUGGUCUAUCCCGGCAAGGGCUAAUAGCCAUCUAACCCAUCUGGCCAACGUAGUAACUGAGACUGGAGCAUAGGGGCGGACGUAAGAGAUGAGAAGUUGAUGAUUGGAAGUAGGCCGCAACGUCGCGGUGGCUUCCACGUAUCGACGAAGAGUAGAGACCACACAUAGCUGAGGGUCUGAGGGAAAAAAGGGGUAAAAAACAGAGGAAGAGUCAGAUUACGUGCGCCUAGAGACCUGAAAGGUUACUCCUGCUGGGCAAAAGGUAAAUGCGUCGGCAUCAAAAGUGCGUACAUCGGACACCCGACGAAAGGAGACUAGGCAGAGUAGGAAGGUGAACUUUGCCGUAAGCUGGCGGAGUGAUAAGUUCUCGUUAGGAGGCCAGUCCCGUAAAAACUGUAAGACUAUGCCAACGUCCCAAAGUCUUGAGUAUUUGGGCUCUGGGUGACGCCGAAGGCGUAUGCCACCGAGGAGUCUACAGAUGAGUAGGUUCUGGCCCACUGUCCCUUGAGUCGGCAUAUGAGCCGCUGAGAUGGCUGAACGUAUCACGUUGAUGGAUCGGUAUGACUUCCCGGCUGUGAACAGAGAGGUGAGGAAAUUCAUGAUGGAGGGAAUAGGUGCCGUAAAGGGAUUGAGAUCCCGUCCCAGACACCAAGUUGUCCAGCAGUGCCAUGCUGAUAAGUAGCACCUCCUAGGAGCUCCCUAGUUUCCUGCGAUAAAUCCUCGGUUCGCCAGGAAUCCCUGUAAGAGUCCAGGCCACCAGGGGGAAGCCGGUCCUCCCUGACCAGCGGAUGGGGUAGUCCCAUCGGGUUCCUGAGAAUGGUCGGAGUAUCUGGUAGGAGGAGGGGAUCCCUGUUCGACAGCUCCAGAAGAUCCGGGAACCAUGGUUGGCUUUGCCAUAGAGGUGUGAUGAGGGUCAGUAUCACCCUCUGCAUGCGGACUCGGUGGAGAACCCUCGUAAUAAUUGAGAAUGGAGGGAAUGCGUAAGCCCCGUGUUGUGGCCAUUGUUGUAGGAACGCGUCCGUUGCUAGACUCUCCGGAUCUGGGAGCCAACUGAAGAAGUCCUUCGUCUGACGGUUGUUGCGGGAGGCGAAUAAAUCCAGGGAGAAGGGACCCCUUUGUGCAUCCAGAAUUGUGAAAAUAUGAGGGUUUAGUUUCCAGUCACUGGCGUCCCUCCAGUGGCGUGAGUACCAAUCCGCUGUCGUGUUGUUUUCUCCUGGUAGGUGUUCCGCUAACAGCAUGAUGUUGCGAGGCAGGCAAUAAUCGAAGAUUCCCUUCGUGAGUUCUACUAGUGCUUGGGAGCGGGUGCCUCCGAGUCGGUUGAUGUAUCUUACCGCCGAGACAUUGUCCAUCCGGAGCAGGAUGAAGCAGUUGGAUCGUUCUUUUGCCAGACUGCGAAUGGCGAAUGAUCCCGCCAGGAGCUCCAGACAGUUGAUGUGCAUCGAAAGUUCUUGGGGAGUCCACACUCCCCCCGUGGAGGAGGUGCCGUCUGUUGCUCCCCAGCCUGAGCGGCUGGCGUCUGACUCCAAUAUGAAGUCUGGUUGGUUUCCGAAUAUCGCCCGGCCGUUCCAGGCCUGCAUGCAGUUCAGCCACCAGUGCAGUUCCUCCCGAACCUCGUCCGACAUGGGGACCGGUUGGUCGUAUGUUGGGUCUUUGCGAAGGAACUUUGUCUUGAGGCGUUGCAUGGCUCUGUAAUGUAGGGGUCCAGGAAAGAUGGCCUGGAUGGAUGACGAAAGGAGGCCCACGAUCCGUGCUAGCAGUCGUAAAUGGAUGUCAGUCGAAGUACCUUCCGAAUUUCUCUGCGGAUGGUGGCAAUUUUUGCGGCCGGAAGGCGUAGAGUGCACGAUGUUGAGUCUAUCUCAAACCCAAGGAAUUCAAUCGACUGAGCGGGAGUCAGUGAUGACUUGGGGCCGUUGAUAACGAAGCCCAGUGAGUUGAGUAGGUGUACUGCGUAGUCUGUGUGCCUCUUUAGGGUCCUUGCAUCCUCGUCGAAUAUCAAGAUGUCGAUGUGAAUUGCCAAGGUGUCCUGUGCCAGUAGAAACGGAGAUAUGAGCGGCUCCUUUCGUGCACAGGGAUGAGGGGUGAGGUAUGCGUCCUUUAGGUCUAGACGUGUAAACCAGUCGUUGUCUUGCAGUAGGUCCCGGAGAAGAUGGAUACCCUCCAUUUUGAAGUGGCGGUACACCAUGUAGGAAUUGAGCUCCUUGAGGUUGAUGACGGGUUGGAAUUCCCCAGUUUUCUUCCUGACCAGGAAGAUAUUGCUGUAGAACCCGGUUGAGUCCAGAGCUAGUUGGAUGGCACCUUUGGAGUGUAAGUCCUGAAGUUCUGUAUCUAUCAAAGAAGUGUCCGCCCGUAAAAACUGAAUCGGGCGUGGUGGGGCCUGUUGGAGUGGCCUGGUCUCGAAUUCUAUUUGAUAGCCCCGCACCGUCUGAAGUAUCCAUGUGUCGGAGGAUAGGUCUGCCCAAUUCUGGAAAAAAAGAGAAACACGACCUGCGAUAUGGCAAGGGGUUAGAGGUAGUAUAGGAUGGUAACUUACCGUUGGAGAAUCUAGCUCUGGAGCGUCCUCGGCCGACACGGCCACGGUCCAAUCCCCCGAACUGAUGGAAUCAAUGGCGGGCAGAUGAAUCUGUGUAGAAUGAUUGUGUCCUGGUUGUGCGGGGGCCGGAUGGCCAGAAGCGGCUGGUGGCACGGCCCCUCUACCGACCAGCCCUCCCAAAAACACCACGGGUGUUAUGGCCGCGGAAUACUUUCCGCAUUGCCGUUUGUGCCUUAUUGAGGGAUGUGAAUAUAUUGACCCUCUUGUUAAGCUCAGUAAGGAAGGCCUCUCCAAACAAUUUGCCCUGUCCCAAGGGGCCCAAUUCUUUAUCCCCCAGUUCGACAAGCUUGUCAUCAAUUCUGAAAAGUGCUGCUCGGUGCCUCUCCGAAGAGAGGGCCACAUUAGUGUUCCCGAGGAAACAGAAGCACCUCUGUGCCCACUCUCGGGUAUCCCGUGCCCACUCAUGCACCAUAUCUGGGGAGAAGUCAUCAGCCCUUUCAUAGGCAUCAUCUGCCAUGUCCAUGAUCCUCGCCAAUGGCCCGAUGACGUCUAGUAGUUUGUCCUGGGCUCCCUUAAAGCCACGUUCCACGCCAUUGCGUGGGUCCCGACCCCCGCAGGACAUGAAUGUGGUCAUAAGGGGGUUGAAUUCGGGGGUGUGUGCUACCUUAUCUGGUAGGCUCGGGCGAGGACAUUCAGAUCUCACACGCUUUCUCACUUCUUUGUCCAGAGACUUCCGGAGCCAGAAGUGCAUGAAUCUGGUCAAAUGUUCGGGUGGCGUCCAUUCUUCCGAACAGGGAUGGCGAAUGUUCCUAGGAUCGAACAUUCGGAGGCCAGAAUUGUCCAAAAAUAUUUCUGAACCCUCUUGUGGGGUGUCCAUGGUUGUGGCCACGGAGUCCUGGGGCUCACCCAGGGUCUGUUCCCCUAUGAGAUAAGGGUCAGACUUGGCAGCGGAGUCCCAGUCGGACUCCUCCUGGUCGGAGGCAGCCAUCUGCCAUUCAUCAACCACGGCUAGAGCGUGUGGUGGACCUGCGUCCUCUUCCCCAGAGGAAGCCUGAGCGUGUUUUUGGGACGAUCUGCUCGUGUCUCGUCUGCGUUUAGCAGGGGCCUUUCCUUUGGAUUUACGUGGUCCCAUAGCCUCGCCUUUCCAAUGGCGCUUAGGGGGGUGGGAGCGUUCCCUGGAGGAAUCGGAGUCUUCAGAAUCCGCCCUAUAAUGAGCCCGUUUGGGAAUGGGCUUAGAUGCGUCUUGUUCCAAUUGGAACGACUUCCAAAAGCCAAAGCCUUUUCCAUGGACGCAGCUACCGCUGCUGCAAUCAUGGCCUGGAGAGCUGAGGGAUUUUGGGAUUCUUCCAUGUUGUUAAUCACACUCGGGGCUCACCCUGUGAAUAUGAGUGAGGACACUUGUGGCACAAAAUGGAGAGGCCUGGGGACCAGGGGGUGGUAUAGAAAUAGGUAAUAGUUUACCUGAAAGCGUUAUAUGACUGGUAGGUCAAGCGAGGGCUGUCACUGGGGCUCACCCAGGAAUUUGGAAUCCUGCAUAGACAGGUCCAUUCAGCAGCACAUGAAUGGGGACUCACCGCUGCCAGAAUAAGGGUAAUCCAACUGGCUGAUACCGACCCAAAGUGCAAAGCACUAACCUGAUACUGGUCCCACAGUGAGCUAAUAAGGAUGCAGAGUUCAGGAGUGUAUUCCAGAGUAUCUGGCAGGAGUAAUAGACUGGAGACUGCAACAGGACAGUAGUAGCCGUUUUAAAUUGGCCGCCGGACUGAAAGCAGUAAGAAAUGGGAGGUUUAGUACCUCCCCUAGAUGAAAGGGUGGCAAAAAUUACACGAACGCCGUGCGUACGAAUUAGCUGAACGCGAGCACCAAUAGGUGGUGCGAGCAUUCGGCUAAUACGCGCGAACGUGAGCGCCUAAUACAAGGCGUUCUCGGGAGUUUUGCCAAGCGCUAGGCGUUCGGCAAAGGAAACUAGCCUAUGCGAAUGGGUGAACAGAAAGUGCCAUUCGCGAGGCGAAAAAUGACGUGCGAAUGACGCAUAAGGCGGGAAAAGGCCGCAAAGAGGUCUGACACUGGGAAGUAUAGAUGAAGACGGUGAGAGUGCCGGUAAGACUUCCUGUAAAGGGUUAGGCUAAUAAAAGCAGUAGAAAAGAUCCCAGAGCCAGAGGGAUGGGGGGGGGGGAGGGAAGCCCCCAAAAGUAACAAUAGUAGUAGGAUAGUAGAUAAUAGUUCAGAAAUAGAUAUGACAAAUAGUGUAAGGACAGGGAAACCAAGUCUGUACUUAUCUUGUGAUGGAGCAGCAAAGAAAGAGGAAAUGAUGUCAUACGUUACACCUCUUGUACUCUACACUGCAUUGUGAUUGAUUCUCAGUUAUGUCACUCUUUUCUUUGCUGCUAUGGAGUUAGUAAAGAAAGAUUAUGCAAAAUACGAAGCUUCCUGUCGUGAUAAAAUUGAGUCUAGAUGGUCUAGAGUCCUUCUUUCUACUUUUUUGCAUACAAAAAAUCCAUCUUUAUUCAUAAACAAUAUAAAACAUACACCAUAAAAAUGACCAUAAACUGCUAAUGAUUGGAAGCAUAAGAACUUUCCAGAUAAAAAAUAAAUAAAUUCAAAAUUCACAAAAUACAUGAUAAAGUUGCUAUACCAUGGAAAUGAGAUGCUAUAAAUCAUCUUCAGCACAAGGCCAAUGUAUUAUAUAUAUAUAUAUAUUGUGACAAAAGUACUCCUUUCCCUUGGUACCUUGUCCUGGGAUUGGGGUGUUACACACAGUCUUUUCAGGCCAGUGGCGGAUCCAGAGCCUGAUCUCGGGAGGGGCUUGUCCAUUUCCCAACAUAAACAUAAACAUAAACAUAAACAUAAACAGCCUUACUGCUUCAGGGUUUUCAGCUCUCUGUUUCCACUCACAGAAACCAAACACAAUCUCUCUUCUUCCUUGGCAGGGGAGUACUUAAUAGCACUGGUAAUUGACAAUCCUUUUCAGGUGAGUUAGAUUAGGAUUCAAACUCCAGAACUGGACUUCUCACCAAGCAACUUCCAAAAUGUGGAGUGGAGCACUGGCCCACCCUACUCUCCAGGUGCUCCACCCCAGGGCCCAAAUAUACACAUAUUUAAAGUGCAACAUUCAUUAGAACAUAACACAUUUCCCUGGGGCUAAUUACACAAAGUAAGAACCUUGCAAAAUCUGGGGAGGUAUAUAGGUUCCUUCCAGCACAAUUCCUUGCUUUCUGUCACAAUAUAUAUAUAUAUAUAUAUAUAUAUAUAUAUAUAUAUAUAUAAUACAAUAAUUUUGUUUAUAUAUAACACUUUCUUAUUGUUUGUAUUUUAUGCUUUAAACAGCAAUAUAAGGUAUUUGGAGAAAUGGCUAUGGACCUGGUGUACCUGGUGACAGGAGGAUGCGGGUACAUAGGAGAACACAUUGUCAGAUUGUUGGUCACAGAAGACUAUGUAAAGGAGGUGAGGGUUCUUUAUCACACCAGAAAGGGAAGUGAACUCGAAAAGCUCAGCACAGGUAAUUAUGAUGAUAUAAGUGAAGAUCAAUGUUAGAGAUGUUAAAGACCUAAAGCAACAAUAUCCAGUAUUAAAAUUUUUAUAAAUGACCAGUUGCACUUUUUUGUUCUAAUAAACCUGCCUUCCUGCAGCAAUCCUAAGUGUCUGGACCUAAUUUAUUUUAUCUACGAAACUGGGUUUUGCCAAACCUGGCCCUGAUAAGCACCUGGAUUCCUAAGUGUGAAUGCGGUAUCCUCCGUUUGUGAAUUACUAGUUCCCGUUUAGGCACUUGGUCAGUGCAAUGGUGCGUCUCUAGUGGCCGUCAUACUGACAGCCACUAGGGAUGGACUUACCCCUGUAAUGUAAACACUGCAGUUUUUACAAGAAUAGGGACACGUCGCCCGGACCACUUCAAUGAGAAGAAGUGUCCUGGGUGUCUGUAGUCUUCCUUAAAUAGCAGACCUACCGGAACAAUUCAGAGGGUGUAAAACUCAGUGUUGUCCCAGCUCCUCCAGUGUCUAAGUGUGAGGCUGGACAGGAAGAGGAAGGGAUUACUUCCCACAUGCCCACUAACAGCCUCUCACACUGUCACACAGGAAAUCCAUUGUAAAGGAAGCUCUCAGUGGCGCACACUGUAUAACCACUCCUGCCCCUCUAAUAUUAGUCAUAGGAGACUGACUGGUCUACAGAAGAUAUAGAAGGGUGAAUAUUUUGCAAAAAAAAACUCCAAACUCCACAUGCCCUAAACACCACUUUCCCUUAAUCCUUUAUUUAACGCCUCCUAAAAACUAAAGAAACUCAUCCCUUAGUGCCAAAUUUAUAGGGACACUCCCUAAAGCGCUUUAGCUUGCUGAAAUGCUUCAUAUGUGAAGAGUGUGUCUUUUUUUAUUUUAUUUUUUUACAAAAAGUAGAAAUUUCUAAAUUUAUUGUUACAUCCCUUUGGCUUUCUAUCUGACAACCUGUCUGGUUCUCAGUGGAGCUAAACUCAAGAGGCAGGCGAUUGCCCAGAGCAUCUGCCUUGCAAAGACGAGGAGGGCUCAUAAAAGCAGCAGAGAAGAGAUCUGCAGCUUUUGCAUUUGUUUUUUUAGAUAUACACCUGUGAAAAAAAUGCACACUUCAAUGCACGCAUGUUCUCAUUUAAAUGAAUAUCUACUAAACAGUUUAAAAAAAAAAUUGUUUAUUAUGUUGGCCGUAGUGUGUCCAUUUAAGCACUUAAUGCCCAAACCCAGAGGAAAAAAAACAUUUACCGUACUCCUAUGUUUAACUAUUCAUAAAACUGAAACAACCUUGUACCUAAAUAUUGCAUUCAUACUUUAACCCUAAAUUCAAUAAUCCUAAACAGCCUUUAUAAUACAACUUUAACCCCUCUCAAUAUCUUUUCAUCUUUAUACUCUAUGUAUUGCCUUUUUGGGGUUGGGGAGCAGGAGGCUCCUUAGAAUUAUGUGCCUACGGGUACAUGACAUAAAUCCAUCCCUGAAUCAGAUCCUGUGCCUUCCACACAAAUCUGACAUUUUUCAUUCAAUUCACUUAUUUUUCAAAUGUUGCAGUUCGAGUACAGAUUCAAAGCUACACCCUAAUAUAUAUGUAUUUUUUUUAUUUAUUUUUUUGCAGCUAACACAACUGUUACACUGGUUAAAGGUGAUGUCACAGACUAUAAUCAAGUCCUUAAAGCAAUUGAAGGAGUUCAUGUUGUGAUUCAUACUGCAGCUCUUCUAGAUUAUUUUGAUCAAUCGCCUUAUCACAAAAUGGAAGCAAUUAAUGUUGGCGGUAUGGAUUGUUUAAUUUUUACCUUUCUUCUUAAAUUGUUAUUCCAAUAUGUGUGAUUAGAUAGAUUAGCACAUCUGACACUCAUAGCUGUAACCUGCAUCUACAUUGUACCCAGUUAAAGAUACAGGUGACAUAUUUGCUGACUAAUUUAUUAUGACCAUAUCCCUGUAUAACAUUUUAUAAUAUCCAAUGAUGAGAACACAUUAAUUAAUACUUAAAGGGACAUUCUAAGCACCAAAACAACUGUAGCUUAAUAAAGUGGUUUUGGUGUAUAGAUCCUGACACUGCAGUAGUACUGCUCAAAUUUUGCCCAUUUAGGAAUUAAAACACUUUUGUUUAUGAAGUCCUAGCCACUCCUCCCCUGGCUGUGAUUUGCACAGUCUCCCUACACACAUCCAUUAACAGAGGUCUAAUUUUUAAACUUCCUAUAUUGCACAGUGUGUUUUAUUUAGAACUAGCAGGAGAUACAAACUUUUAGUGGCUAUACACUGUGCUGUAUCCUACCAAGGACUAAGCAAACAUUUUAUGGUUAUAAAUAAAUAGAAUCUGUACAUAACCCAAGAAGGCACAAGCAAAAUAUUGUUUCAAAAUGGUAGCCUAUGGAUCUUGAGCCAUUUGAUGCUAGCUAUAAGAGAUAAACAAUGUCCCUGUACAUAGGUAUUAUAAUAAAAAGUAAAAAUGCAAUGUCUUAUAGGAACUGAGCAUGUUAUAAAUGCUUGUUUGGCCUCAGAUGUCACCUAUCUCGUGUUCACUGGCUCUAUAGCGGCAGUAGGACCUAAUAAGCACAAUGAGCCCAUGUUCAGGUAAGACUAGCGUGUAAUGUAGGGCUUUCAUCUUUGUUUAAAGAUUAUUACAAUGCUGACUGAAUUAUUGACAUAGCUGCCUUGUCUUGAAAUAACAAUAUUUAUUGAGCUCCAACAUUUCUGCAGCGCUUUACAUGUUUAAUGUGGGAAUACACCAGUUAAUAAGAAACAAAAUACUAUGUGUUGAAGAAAAACACAAGGUUAUUUUAGACCCUGCAAACUAGCUUAGAGUCUAUAGGAGGACAGGUAACAAAACAGAGAGCAACAGAGAAACUACUGGACACUGUAAUAGUUAUGGUGCUUGGAGUAUUCUGUUAAACCUAUUUGUGUAGUCUGAAUAACAAUGAGUAAAGGCAGAGCACACAACAUGCUUGAUGGGUUUGGGAAAUUUUGUUGAAGAGGGAACAUUUUGUCUCUUAAAUACUUAUAGAAGAUCAGCUUACAUUAGAUAGUCCUUUUCAGGUGCACCUUACGCCCAUGUCGUCCUUGUGUUUUUGGCUUGGUUAAUGCUGGGCAAUGUACACUCACUUCCUACUUUGACGCAACAUUCUCACAUCCCUAGCAAUUUUGACACUCAAUGUUCUAUGCCUUAUUGGUGACAGUACAUGACUUUCCGGUGCUUCGGGUUCGAUGCACGUCAUUUGACCUAAGAGAUCUUGACCCUUGAGACCAUACUCUCUACUGGAUCAUUACCAGCUCAUUGUCCUUAUAGUUGCAGUUUGUUCUUGUUUCGAUUUGACUAUCUUAUAAUGUUCCUGAUAUCGGUUUUCAUGACUUGGCUUUUUCACUGACCAUUGUCACUUGCUUCCUGCCUGAACUUGGCGAGUCUGACUUGGUCACUGUUUCGAAUCUUGACUUUGGCCUGUUUAUUAUUUUUUUUAUUUCGCAAGUUAUACCUUGUAGUUUCUUUCUUUCAAAUUAAAGACAGCCACUUUAAGGUCUUGUUAUACUCAUUUCUCUCCCUUUUGUCAACAUCUGCAGUUAAAGAACUAGUAGCUUUACAGUCCAAACAGACAGGUCUGCUAGAGACAAAAAACGAAUACAUAAGUCUUCUGGUGUCUUACGUACUAAAGUCUUUGUUAUUGUCUAGAGGCACAGAAGAUACAUUUUACACUGGUGAACAAGGAAUGCCCUAUGGGAAGACAAAGGCUCAGGCUGAAAAAUUAAUACGAGCAGCUAAUAGCAGACUGGUAAGGAGGCACUGGAUUAUAUCUCAAAACUGCAUUGUACUUGCUAGUCUGUCCAGGGACGUAUUAGCCGCGAGGCAAACAAGGCAUUUGCCUUGGGCGGCACUUUCCAGGUUGCGGCAAAAAAAACGACCCCAAAUGCACAGGGCAAAUGUCUUGUUAGCCUUGCUGCUAACUGACAAGCCAGGCAGGCAGGCGGUCGGGCGGCGCUGGCGAGGGAGCACUUUGCCCUGAGCUGUCUGUUUAGCUCCCUCGCGCACUGUAGAGUGAUGCCGGGAGCCGGAAUAUGAUGUCAUCAUUCUGCUGCGCGAGGGAGCUGAGCAGAGCGCUCAGGGGAAAGUGCUCCCUCGCCAGCGCCGCCCGACCGAAAACAAAGGUCCGAAUUGUUCAUUUUGGAACUGCAUUUUAAAAAUACGGACUAUUUUUUGCAGACUACUCCACUCUGUCCAUGUGCACUAAAAUGCAUAUAUCUUUGAACUGUGUAUGUUUUUAAUACACAGGGCUGCUUGUAAUAUUGUCUUUUAGUGUUUUUUUGUUGGCUAAGACACUUGGUAAAUGUAUGUAGACAUAUAAAUGUCUUAGUGAUGCAUAGCUCUAAUGCUCUUCCAUUGUCCCUGCCCUGUAGUAGUUACAUAGAGUAACAAAACAUUUGAGAAUCUAUUAAGAAGUGAACUGGCAGCAAAUGUUAACAGCAUUCACAUUUCUCCCCCUCUGAUUACUUUACAGACAAACCAUGGGAAAACAUUAACGACUUGUGUUAUUAGACCAAGCAACAUAUACGGGGAAAAAACAAGCAGUCUACUGGACGGCUAUGUGUCCGCAAAAUCUAAAAAUUACCGCAUAGCCUAUAUUGAGCCUGAAAAUCUAGAUCAAAACUACACAUAUGUAGGUAAGUCAAAGUGCAUUAAAUAGAAAUACUUCUAAUUGCACCAUAACCACUGCAGUCUUUUACAGUGGUUUUGAGUCUUUGGGUGUUGUCCUUCUAUCCUCUGUCAAACUAUUUUUCGAUCAAUUUGAAAAACAGUAUCUCCAUUUCUACCCAAUGUGCAGCUACUUAAAUCAUGCAGAAUAUUCACCUCUGCAGUAUUUGGCCAAGGCUAACCGACCUUGAACAAUAUGAUAGGCUGCAAGCACUUGAGGCAAGGCAACCCAGCACUAACAACUGAUCAUUACCAUCCAAGGUUCAACUGAUAAUGUCGAGGUGAAUCUUCUUCAUUAUUUAAGUCGCAGGAGAGAGGUACUACAAUUAUCUGUAGCUGUUAUGGUAAUUUCACUUCUCGCUUUUUAAAAGGUUAUUGCAUUUAAAGGGAUUUUAUAGUGCCAGGAAAAUAAAGCAAUUAAUAUUACUAUUUUCCCAUCGGAAAGCAUGAAUCAAUGCUUUCAUAUGGGGAUUCUGGUGACGCUGGAAGAGUCCUCAUGCAUAGUGUGAGGACCUCCAGCGUCAUUUAGAAGACCAAAAGACGUCUAAGCACCCGGAAGUCCCUCUGGUGGCUGUCUGGUAGAAAUUGCAAUAAUUGCCACUGCAGGGUUAUGGGACAUGGGGCAUUGCACCCAGAUCACUUCAAUGAGCUGAAGUGGUCUGGGUGCCUACAGUGUCCCUUUAAUGAAGCUUAAUAAUAUUGUUUGUUUAAUGAGAUAUAUUGAUAUGGUGAAGAAUUUGUUUGGAGAAAAUGUAAUCUCACCAACUGCAGUUCAACCCAAAUUGCCUGCUGCUGCAGUUUCACAUAGAACAAUCACAGUUGCAGACACUUUAGGCUGAGUAGUAGUUGGUCAAAGUAACAAUAGUGUCUGACCCAAUAUGCCUGCUUAGUCAGAUAAAAAGUAAAAAUUGUCUAUAACAAAACAAUAUUCAAAAAUAUAUUAUUAAGUUUCAUUAAAUGUAGUAAACUUUUUAAAAAAUGAGAAGUGAACAUUUGAUGACAGUUGUCCUUUAACCCCUUAAGGAUUGAGGUAAAAGUUCUGAACCAAAACAAAACCUUUGCUUUGUGUUUGUUCCACUGUAAUUAAGGGUUUCUCUUUAAGUGCUUCCAUACAUAUUACAUAUUAUAUUUCAUUUUUAUAAGGGUUUUCUUUUAAUAUCCUAUAGGUAUGCAUAACACAGCAUUAAAGAGUCAACAGAACAUCUAUAGCUUAACCCCUUAAGGACACAUGACAUGUGUGACAUGUCAUGAUUCCCUUUUAUUCCAGAAGUUUGGUCCUUAAGGGGUUAAUGCAGUUGUUUUGGUGAGUAUAGUCAGUCCCUGCAGGUAUUUCAGAUAAAAGGCAGUGUUUACAUUAAAGCCUAGGGACACCUCCUAUGGCCACUGGAGGUUCUUCCUGGGGCAGUGCUGCACAAUGUGCACAAUGUGCAGCACUGACAUUCAGCGUCUCCACGCUAUGCAUGGAAACGCUGAACUUUCCCCAUAGAGAUGCAUUGAUUCAAUGCAUCUUAAUGAGGAGGUCCUGCUUUGCCAAGCUGACGUUUGUACCCACCCCCAUGCCGCCUCCUUGCCAAUCCCAGCCAAUCCAAUGCUUUCCUUAGGUGGUAAUAUUGUAUGUGUAUUUUAUCUAAUUAAAAGGUUUUUUGGUCACUACUUUGUGCCAAUUAUCUUUUUUAAUACACAAUUUGAUGUUUUUACCUGGCUUCUACCUAUUUUAUUGUGUGACUACAAGUUUAUCCGAGGUGGGUAUCAUACCACCAACGCUGAUAUACUAUACUUGUAAGUACAUUUUUUAUUCAUGUUCAUUUUAAUAUCCUGUAUACACUGAGAGCACUAUCAGUUGUUUUUUUAUAUACCCUUCUCCUGAGUGUUGGACACCACCUCUUCCAGAAGACUACCACCAUAUAUCCCAUAAGCGGGGAUCAUACCGCUGUACGCUCUUCACACCUGAGCUGGCUAUAUUUCUUCCAAAUGUGAAUACAUACAUACAGUCUGUUGAAUACAUACACACAACCACACAGACAGACUGCUGAAUACACACACACACAGACUGCUGAAUACAUACAGACUGCUGAAUACACACAUAUACAUACUGCAUUGAGGGGUGCAGUGUAUGUGUUUGUGUAUACGGUGCAGAGUGUGUGUGUGUGUGUGUGGAGUGCUGUGUGUGAGGGGUGCUGUGUGUGGGGUGCUGUGUGUGAGGAGUGCUGUGUGUGUGGGGGAGUGCUGUGUGUGUGGGGGGAGGGGUGAUGUGUGGGGGAGGCGUUCUGUGUGUGGGGGGGGGUGCUGCAGGUAGCAAAUGUGUUUUUUUUUGUGUUUUUUUAAGUCAUCCUGACCUAUACAUAAAAUCUUGGUGAAGGAGGGAGGGACAUAGCCAGCCCUGGUGGUCCGGUGUGAUAAGUAUGUGUCUGGCUGCAGCUCUCCUGUCCUCCCACGCAAUGCUGUGUGGAGCGUUGCCAUGGUAACGCAUGGCAAUGCUCCACUCAGCCUGCUCGCGGGAGGACAGGAGAGCUGCUUUCCAGAUCCUUCCCCCUGCCUCCAGGUCCUUCAGAUACAAAAGCAGAGUAGGCGUCUGAUGUUUUGGGCAGGCAGGUGCCUACUCUGCAUUGCUGCUGACUGGCGCCAGCGGCCCCCUCCAGCGACCUAUUGCCGCAUGCCCACAGAGAGGGCUCAGCGUGCCACCUGUGGCACGCAUGCCAUAGGUUCGCUAUCACUGCUCUAGGUGAUUCUCAGACUGUCCUCUUAGGCCCUGGUUUAAUGAGUUCCAGUUUACUGCUUCCCACACAGAGGCAGUUCAGAGAAGAGGAUUUCUGCCCACAUAGGUGGGUUAAUGGCGGCACGACAACUAUCAUGAAGGAGGUGAGUAUGCUGAAAACUAUGCAUUGACCAAUAUGAUAUUUCCGGAGCCGAUAUUAUCGGUCGCCUAUCGGGCCUGUUGACAAAAACCAGUGCUGAUAUUCUGUACAUUUAAAGGUUUGAAAAAGCAACACAUUUCUACACAAAUCUGGCACCCCAUGUUGACACCAAUCACACUCCUAUCACCCUCUGACAGCCAGUACAUGCUGGGAUCACUAAGAUCCUAGCAUGUAUAGUGCUGUUACUGAUAGGUGUGUGAUUGCUGAUAGCAAUCACACGCCUAUCAUUCUCAGUCAUCCAUCCUAGUAUAUUACAAUAGACUUUCACUUUAUCCAGAACCUGACUUGAGGGAAUCUGGUACGGUUUAUACACCUACAUGUUUAUCGAGGGAAAGACGUCCAUUGAAGCACAGCUGAGCUUUCUCUGAGGACAAAAGAGAUACUACUUUUGAUUUGUAAUUACACAAAAUUUGUAGAUAGGAUUUAUUUUUAUUUUAUUUUAUUUAUUUUUUUGCAUGCAAGAAAAUUUGAAAAUAGUGGAUAAAAAAAUAUGGAAUUUUAUGUUUUUCCAUUAGGUGGCGUAGUAACCUUAAGAAAAGCAAGAUAUUGACAUCCAAUGCUCAUGUAUUUUAUUUUUUAUUAUUAAAAUGGGUGCAUAUUUAUUUAUUUUUAUCUGAUUCCUAUAUAUCAGUCCAUAGUACAUGUUAAUGGUAACACAAAAAAAAAACCUCUGGGUAGCAGGCCGAACACCAACACAAACUUAAAAUAAACCUUACUCUAUAAGUAAUUUCGUGAUCAAGCCGUGGCAGCAUUAACUAAUGGGUAGCUCCUCCCCUCAAAACAGAAAUUACGGGAAAUAGGACUGUGAAAUUAUUAGAUACCGUAUUUUUCCAUGUAUAAGACAAUAUUUUUUCAAAAAUGUUUCAAGUUUAAAUUUGGGUGGUCGUCUUAUACACCGAAUGUUAAAAGUCAAAUAGGUGUUCCCUGGCUGCCAAGGUCCCCUAUUCCCCAAGAACACUCACCCGGUCAGGCACAGCUGCUCAGUCCAAGACCCCCAUUCCCCAUGCACACUCUUUCAGCACUCAGGGAGCCGGCGGAAUGUUAAAAUUAAAUAGGUACUUUAAGAAGACACAACAACUCACGCCCUGCUCCAAGGGGCUGUCACAUAUUCAUCCGCUUCUAGAAAUGUGGUUAAUGACAUUUACUGUCCAAACAGGAAAGGUUGUGCCGAGCAGCAACCUAAUCCACAGAAGGGUUAAUGCUGAGCAGUAAUUGUGCAAAUGAAACCUGGUGUCAUGUAUUCAUCCGCUUAGAGAAAAGUGAUUAAUGACAUUUACUGUCCACACAGGAAAAGUUGUGCCGAGCAGCAACCUAAUCCACAGAAGGAUUAAUGCUGAGCAGCAAUUAUGCAAAUGAAACCUGGUAACUGACUUUGGGGUCAAAGGCCGGUUACAGCCUAUCAGAACUAAAGGAGGGAUAUUUAGGCCCAGUUCUCAGCCUGCUCAGUGCCCUGUCGUGGUUUCCCUUGUGGUUGUCUGAGAGCGCGUUCCUGUUUAUAGUUUUCUACCUGACAGGGGCCCUGUUAGGGCACCUAUGGCAGCAAAAGGAAGCGGCUCGGAAGGGCUUACACACGCCGAAAGCAUGGUUUUAAAUGCCGGUUGCAGCCUCCCUAGACCCUGGUCCUAACAGGGAUCUGCACCUGGGCACUGGUCUCCAAGCGGGAAGCGACGUCCAGCUGGACGGACCUAAAAAUCAGCACAUGGGGGCUCAGACAGGCGAGUCUGUGACAAGAAAUUCUAAUAUCAGCUACUGAUCAAGAGUGGGCAAAGGGGAAUAUCUUGCAUGGGCUGCAACACGUUGAACACUCACCAGGUCAGUCGCAAUCACUGCUAAGUCCAGGUCCCCCAUUCCCCAUGCACUCUCUUGUGACACUUAGGCAGCCGGCAGAAUGUUAAAAUUAAAUAGGUACUCGGGGAGUAAAUACGGUACAUCCCGUAAAUAUCAAGAGUAAAGUGCACAGGCGGGAGAGCUGGAGCUGCAGCUACACUGCAGUUACACUAAAUAUACCGGUGCUUUGAAUAUUUAAUAAAAUAUCAAAGUCGUUCUGUUUGAUGUUUGAAAUAUUUAUUUCUUAAUUUUGGGCUAAAAUAAAAGGGGUUGUCUUAUACAUGGGGGCGUCUUAUUCACGGAAAUAUACGGUGUAUAUAUAAAUGUGUGUGUAUAUAUAUAUAUAUAUAUAUAUAUAUAUAUAUAUAUAUAAUUAAUACAAUGUUAAACAAAAAAUCUGCACACCAGUCAAGCCAUAAAACUUGCUUUUCCCACAGAAAUCCCAUAACUGCAGCGAUGUUACAACUGCAAAGGAUUCUGGGUGGGCAUAUGCAAAUUAGUUUAACAAAGAAUCACAUUUUUGCCUCAUUUCAUUUUAAUCUGUGUUUGCUGUAUUCAACAGUUUGAAACACAAUUUAGGAAAAGAUGCAAAACCAGUGAACCACUCAUGGACAGCUGUUUCGUUGUUAAUGCAACUCGUCAGCAUGAAGUUGGUUACUGGUGGAAGGGGUUUUCAAUCACAAUUUUUCCUCACCAUAACCUAUUUGGAUUUAUAUAUAUAUAUAUAUAUCACUACCCACUCCCUAUCAGGCAGUCUUAUUUCCUGUCCUUCACAGCAGAUAGAAAGGAAACUGCUUAAACAUGUAUCCAACUACCAAAGCCACUAUUAAGGCUAGUGUUAUACACUAAGAUUAACCCUUCCACUACCUGGUCCAGAGCUUAUCAGGGUUGCAAUCUGCAUUACCUGACUUAGAUGUGGAAUAUUGGCUUUCCCACUCUGUCAUACAUAUUAAUGAUUUCUUUUUGUCCAAUUCCUUUUUAACUUUUGACCAGUUACAGGACAAAUGUGGCCAAGACGCCUCUGUUGCCCCAAUGUAUAGACAAAUGGUAAAUUUGCUUAGUGAACACUUUAACGUCUUGGAUAGAACGUAAAGUAAACAUGUGUAAUCUAGAAAUGUGCAAUGCUUAUUUUGCUGGGGAACCUGGUCCAAAAUUGGACUACAUGAUAAAGUGGGAAAGAGAACUGAAUAUAAAAAUUUACUAUUGAAGAGUGGCAUGGGCUUCUAUUGGUGCUACAUAGCAUAACGCAGUCUGUGGCACUUUUAGAAUCCCAUUACAAACUCAUUUUAAGAUGAUAACUUACUCCUUCCAAAUUAUUUAAGUUAGCCUUAUCCCCUACUAAUGCAUGCUGGAGAGGGUGCGGACAAGUAGGCACACUAUUACACAUAUUUUGGACAUGUCCUAAACUAAGAACAUAUUGGGCCAAUAUACACACACUUAUACAACAUAUUACAUAUCACAUCCCACACAUUACACCUGAGUUGUGUCUCCAGAUGGUUUACCUAAAGUUAAAAUUAUUAGGUUAGGUCAUGUAUUAAUUUCAGCGUCUUCAGCUAUUCCCAGGUAUUGGAAGUCUGACACCAUUCUAUCCAUGACAGAGGUGUUGUGUAGCACAUUCGAGUCAAAGUGUUAUGGACUAGUCUUUCAGACUCCUUCUGUGGUUUUAGAAUCGCUGAGACAAGAUUGGAUGAGCUAGGAAAGGGACGUCUGAGGUCGUUUUGGCUUAUAAGUAUCAACUACACCACAUCCAACCAAACGGCUCUAUAUACAAAUUGUAACAUGAUUCAUAUAUAUGAACAUUGAAAUUGUUUAUAUAUAUUUUUUUUUAUAGGAGGCUUUCUUAUGAUCGGAUCAUGUUAGUUACAAUUAUUCUCCUGUUACUAUUAGUAAUUUAUUUUUUAUUGAAAAUUCAUUAAUAAAAACAUUUGAAACAGAAAUAAAACUUCUUUAGCAGGCCUAGAUUUAAUUUUAUGCUCCCCAGGCCAAUAGAAUUUUCUUGCCGACCCCAACAAGGUUCUGCUUCUUCCUGCCAGCCCACAAAUAAUUGGAAAACCCUAAUCAGCACGAGGCUUAAAUCAUGGAGCUGCUAGCCAGAGUUUGCUAGCCAUCCAGAGUAAAAAUAUACAAUGGAAACCAAUGGAGUCAACAUGACCCCAUCUAACUAUAGGAUGGUUUAAAAACUCUCUUAUCUUGUAUCAAUUCAGCACGGUCACUCAUUAUUGAUUUCAGCCAAUUUGGAUGUUUAUACUCUAUGGACUUUAGACAUGUUUCAUUUGCUUUGGACAUAUUUGGACAUAUUUUACUAUAACUGCAUUUUCUUCUGGUUCAUUAAUAUAUUUUUACUGUAUAGGUAUUGCUGUCUAUUGUCGUUUUAGGCUGCAUUUUUAGCUUUUAGGCUAUUUGUAAAGAUGCAUUUGUACUUAAAGGAACACUACAGUGUAAGGAAUGCCUGUUUGUAUUCCUAACGCUACAGUGUCCCUCUACCUAAAUAGGUCCCUACCAUUCGGCAUAAAAAGAGGGAUAAAAAAAGUCUUACUCACCUUGUUCCAGUUCUGAGGCUCUCUCGGUGUUACUUACUUUUGCUCCCUGCUUUACCUACUCAUAGAGGAGCGUUGAAGCCUUUGUGCACAUUUAAACAUUCCCAUAGGAAAGCUUUGGAUUAAUACUUUCCAAUGGGGUCUGUGCAUCACAUGAUAGUGUUUUACUCUAUCAGUGCAUCAGAGGUGCCUCUCAUGGGGUACUUAACCCUCCACUGCGAACAUUACAGUUUCCCAAAAAAUGCAAUAUUUUAUAUUGCAGGGUUAAGGAGACAGGAACACGGAAAUCAAAUCACUUUAUUGAGAUGACGUGGUCUCGGUGACUAUAGUGUUCCUUGAAGGCGUUGAGUGCAUGUUAUUUUCCCAGACUGGCCAUACAUAUGUGCAUACCUUGCUAAAGCAGUUCUCUCAAUUGUGACAAUUGGUAGUCUGAGAGCAUUGGACAAAGUUCUCAGAAAAGGAAAAACUUCCACAUUUAGUGCUGGGACUAUCCAGGGAGGAAGCAGAGAGGUUGAGCAGAAGGCCACCACAAAGAGAACUUUGGAGUUAAAUUGGUCGAAAAUAGUUGAAUCCCAUAAGUUAAGACAGACCCAAAACCUCUGGAAGCCAUAACAACUUCAUAAUGAUGAAGUUGUUAUGGGGGCUGAAGUGGUCCUUUAAUGCUAUCUAGUACUUAGGCUUAAAAUGUGAUGUUGUGGUAGUUUAUCUGUGAUCAGCAUAUGACUUGGUCCUCUUGGACCUUUUAUAUAUGACUUAUUUCUGUUACAUGUUAUAUUUUAUAUGUAGAUACCUUAAAAUGUUAAAGAGCUAAGUACUAAGCCAGUUUUGCUGGCCCUCUUAAUAGGUUAAUAUCCAGGUUUACAUUGAGUAGCUGCUCUCAGUUGCCAACAGAUCAUUUUUGGUUGCUAUUUCUAAUGGACGGCAUGCACCUGUGCAUCUUCACCUGUGUCUCCCUUAAUUCCCCUCUUGAAUUUCUUACCCCCUUUUGUGUUUCUUAUCCUCUUUUUUUUUUAAUGUAUUAACACUUUUAGUGUAUCUUAUCCCCUUUUUGUCUUACACUCCCCUUAUUCCCCUUAUAUCUUAUCCACCAUUUUCCCUAUGUGCACAUCUUAUUUUCCUUUAGCCCCUCUGUGUGUCUCUUGCUCCCCUCCAGUCCCUUUGUAUGUCUCUUUCUACCCCAGCCCAUUUUUAUGUCUCUUUCUCCCCUUCCCCAUUCAUUCUGUGUGCCUCUUCCCCAAGUCCCUUUUGUGUAUCUCUUUUCCCCUCCCCACCCCUAUAUGUUUUGUUUCCUUCAGCCCCCUUUGUGUAUCUCUUUCUCUACUUCCCCUACUUCCCCUCCCCCUCAAUGUCUCUUUAUCCCUCAAGCACCUUGCUUCUUUCUCCCCAGAGUCCCUCUGUGUCCCCCAACCUUCUGGGUUUCUCUACCCCCCUGUUUGUCUCUUUUGCCCCUUCUCUUGUUGUUCUCUUUUGCUCCUUCCCCAGCACCUAUGUGUCUCAUUCUCUUUCUCUCCUCCCAGACACUCCAUUCUAUGUGUCUCAUUUCCCUCCUCCAUGUGUCUCAUUCCCCCCCAGUCCCUCCAUGUGUCUCAUUCUCCCCCGCUCCUCCAUGUGUCUAAUUCUUCCUCCCAGCCCCUCCAUGUGUCUAAUUCUCACCCCAACCCCUCCAUGUGUCUCAUUCCCCCUCAGCCCCUCCAUCUGUCUCAUUCUCUCCCCUUUCCCCUCCAUGUGUUUCACCCCCCUAACCCUCAAUGUGUCUCAUUCCACCCCCACCAUGUGUAUCAUUCAACCCCUAGCUAUAGCUUUAAAGCCAUGAUUCGCUAAAAAUAUAUUAAAAUCCUAGACAUAUUUGGCAUUUUAACAAUAAUCCAUAUUGAGUUCUUUUUUUUUUUCAUCAUACUCAUACUUGUGUAGAAACUAUUUUAAGCAAAACUGUGAAACAUGUUUUUAGGGGAGCUCCCCAUCAUUUAAAAAAUAUUUUAUUUAUGUGUUGUGUUAAGCAUAUGUAUAGAGUAUCAAAAGUCCAUAAUAUAAUAUGUAUGGGUGCACUUAAGCAUAAAAUGUUAAAUUAAAAUGAUGAAAAAGAACACAGAACAAAAGGUUUAAAUAGGUUUGGGUCACUAAUGAACACAACGCAUUAAAAUAAAAUCCCUGGUCUGCAAGGGGUUAAAUAACACAUUUGUUUAUAUCGACGGCUGGACGAUGGGCAGACAAAUAAAUGGAUGGAUGAUCUAACUACUGUCUGUCCAUGUUGAUUACAGGUAAUGUGGCCUGGAUGCAUGUACUUGCUGCUCGGCAACUGCAGAUGAAGCCGGAACUCCUGGGAGGUCAAGUGUACUAUCCCUAUGACGACACUCCAGUGAGGCAGAGAUACAAACUCCUUUACGAAUUAUACACCGAUCUUGACCCAAGAAUGCAACUGGGCUCACACAUUCCUUACUGGCAGAUGUGGUUAAUUAUAUCAAUUUUUAAUAUUGUUGCAUUCCUAGUAAGACCUUUUUAUACACUGAACCCAUUUCUGACUUCAAACACUUUGAAUUUUGCUGUCACUACAUUUUCCUAUGAAACUGAUAAGGCUUUCAGGGACUUUGGCUACCAACCCAAAUAUAGUUGGAUGGAGGCAAAGAUCAGAACUUGCAAAUGGAUAAAAAACGCAACAGAGAGUUUGUGA